UAGCCUCAGAAGGACUCCCAGCUCCAGCUCGCCCCACUCUGCAAUCCCGCUCUUCACCCAGGAAGCCAUCAUGUCUUGCCGCUCCUACCGAGUCAGCUCUGCGUGCCGCAUGGGCAACUUCAGCUCUUGCUCCGCAGUGAACCCCCAGAACCUGAACCGCCUCCGGGCCAGCUCUGUCUCCUGCAGGAGUGGGCCCAGCUUCCGGGGCCUUGGCAACUUUGGUAGUCGGAGCGUCAUGGCUUUUGGAUCGUGCUCACCCCGGAUAGCAGCUGUAGGCCCUCGUCCCAUCCGCUGUGGAGUUGGCUUUGGUGCUGGCAGUGGGAUGGCCUUUGGCUUUGGUGAUGGGAGCGGUGCCGGUCUGGGCUUUGGGCCCAGCAGUUGUGUUGGCCUGGGAUUUGGAGCUGGCAGUGGCCUGGGCUAUGGCUUUGGCUACAGAGUUGGAGGAAUUGGAGUCCCAGCAGCCCCAUCUAUCACAGCAGUGACUGUUAACCAGAGUUUGCUGACCCCCCUCAACCUGGAGAUUGAUCCCAAUGCCCAGAGGGUGAAGAAGGAUGAGAAGGAGCAAAUCAAGACCCUCAACAACAAAUUUGCCUCCUUCAUUGACAAGGUGCGGUUCCUGGAACAGCAGAAUAAGCUCCUAGAGACCAAGUGGACCUUCCUCCAAGAGCAGAAAUGUGCCAGGAGCAACCUGGAGCCCCUCUUUGAGAAUUAUAUCACCAACCUGCGGAGGCAGCUGGACAUAGCAAACAGUGAACGGGCCCGGUUUGAGGCUGAGAGGAAUCACAUGCAGGAUGUCCUUGAGGGUUUCAAGAAGAAGUACGAAGAGGAGGUGGGAUUCCGGGCCAAUGCUGAGAAUGAGUUCGUAGCUCUGAAGAAGGAUGUGGAUACAGUUUUCUUAAAUAAGUCUGAUCUAGAAACCAAUGUGGAUACCCUAACUCAGGAAAUUGACUUCCUGAAAACCCUAUACAUGGCGGAAAUCCAGUUGCUGCAGUCACACAUCUCAGAGACAUCGGUCAUCGUGAAGAUGGACAACAGCCGGGACCUGAACGUUGAUGGAAUCAUUGAUGAAAUCAAGGCCCAGUAUGAAGAGGUCGCCAGGCGUAGUCGGGCUGAUGCUGAGGCCUGGUACCAGACCAAGUAUGAGGAGAUGCGGGUGACAGCUGUCCAACACUGUGACAACCUGCGCAACACACGGGAUGAGAUCAACGAGCUGACCCGCCUGAUCCAGAGACUGAAGGCAGAGAUCGAGCAUGCCAAGGCUCAGCGAGCCAAGCUGGAGGCCGCAGUGGCCGAGGCAGAGCAGCGGGGCGAGGCGGCCCUCAAAGAUGCCAAAUGCAAGCUGGCGGAUCUGGAGGGCGCCCUGCAGCAGGCCAAGCAGGACAUGGCCCGGCAGCUGCGCGAGUACCAGGAGCUGAUGAACGUCAAGCUGGCCCUGGACAUCGAGAUCGCCACCUACAGGCGCCUGCUGGAGGGCGAGGAGAUCCGGAUCUGCGAAGGUGUUGGACCAGUAAACAUAUCCGUGAGCAGCUCCCGGGGCGGUAUAGUGUGCGGGCCUGAGCCCCUGGUCCCCAGCUCCACCCUCUCCCGCUGUGGAGUCACCUUCUCGGGCAGCAUCACCUUCUCGGGCAGCAGUGGAGUCCGGUCCAGCGGCACCUGUGUCUCCAGCCUGGGUGGGACGCGGGUCAUCAAGGCCAGCGGAGACCUGCUGAGCACAGGCUCCCGGGGGGGCUCGGUGCUCAUGGGCGAGGCCUGUGCCCCCAGCGUCCCCUGCCCACUGCCCACCGAGGGGGGCUUCAGCAGCUGCAGCGGGGGCCGAAGCAGCCGCAGCUCCAGCGUCCGCUUUGUGUCCACCACCACCUCUCAUCGGACCAAGUACUGAGAGGCCAACGCCAGCCAGCCACUGCCCAGGGAAGAGCCAUCUCAAUGCCACCUGCUUCUGUCCCAGAGGCGUCUGGACUCUGGGCUGGAGGGUGAUCCAGCUACCGCACCUGUCAGGAAGGCAACAACUCUCCCCAGGGAUUGAUCUGCCUGGCCCCUGUUCUUGGGGUGGGGGGGAUUUUUUCACCACCUAGACGCUCUGUCUGCAGCCCCAGUAGACUGGCUUCUCCCUGACUCCACAUUUGCCCUCUUUGGAUCACUCUUCACCAUUCAGUUGAACUGCCCGAAGAAAUUCACAUUCCAUACAGUUACACAAACCAGUGCCCCGGGGGAAAAGCAACAGUCCAAAGCCAAAAAGAAUGUGCUUGGGCACCACUACCACCCAGGGCUUUGGAUUAAUUUGGACAAUGGAGAGUUGACUGUCCACACUGCAGGCGUCUUUAGCCCACUGCCCUUUGCUUCCUUCUUCCUUUCCCUGGCAGGAGAAGGUUCUUUCCUUCUCUUCCUCACCCGUAAGGAUCCACGGUCCCUGGUGGCCCAAGGGAUCCCUAAGUCCCCUGAGAUGGUUCUUCUCUGAGUGGCAAAUGUCCUUGCUGCUUCUCUUCCCGCACUAUUGGUUAAAUGUGCAUGUGGGUGCACAAGGCAGGGGUGGGGGCCGCAGAUGGAGCCUGAGCUCUGCUCUGCUGCAUGGACCCUGCCCCUGUGUGGUGUGAAGGAGGCCCGACCCUGUCUGCUGCAGGAGGGUUUCUGACUGCAAGCUCCAGGGAGGUCUGGGGUGGGGCGGGGUGCCUGUUUGUACUGUUCUCUGCAUUGCUGGGUUUUCAAUAAACUUGCCAAGCUAACAUCA